AUGGAUUUAACUAUAGCUAGCUUUGAUGCAAUUUCGGAAGUGAAUAUGGAUUAUACUAUCACACUAUACCUAAAUCAAUAUUGGAAAGAUGAGCGACUAGCUUUUAGUAACCAAUAUGAGUGCUUAACGCUCUCCGGUGAUUUUGCUGAGAAAAUAUGGGUCCCAGAUACUUUCUUUGCUAAUGAUAAAAAUAGUUUUCUCCAUGAUGUGACCGAGAGAAAUAAAUUAGUCAGACUCAGUGGAGAUGGCUCAAUAACAUACGGAAUGAGAUUUACAACAACUUUAGCAUGUAUGAUGGAUCUUCAUUAUUAUCCACUCGAUUCUCAGAAUUGUACAGUAGAAAUUGAAAGUUAUGGAUAUACUGUAAUGGACGUGGUGAUGUAUUGGAAAGAUAGACCAGUAAGGGGCGUAGAGGAAGCAGAACUUCCACAAUUUACAUUACUAGGAUAUAAACCCAACGAUCGAAAAGAAAAAUUAGCAACAGGGAUUUACCAAAGAUUAUCUCUUUCAUUCAAACUUCAGAGGAACAUUGGAUAUUUCAUUUUUCAAACAUAUCUACCAAGUAUUCUCAUUGUUAUGCUAUCAUGGGUUUCAUUUUGGAUUAAUCAUGAAGCUACGAGCGCAAGAGUUGCUUUAGGUAUUACGACUGUGCUCACUAUGACCACCAUCAGCACAGGAGUAAGAAGUUCAUUGCCAAGAAUAAGUUACGUUAAGGCAAUAGAUAUUUACUUGGUUAUGUGUUUUGUUUUUGUAUUUGCUGCUUUACUGGAAUAUGCCGCCGUCAAUUAUACUUAUUGGGGUGCCAGAGCUAAAAAGAAAAGUAAGAAGGUCAAACCAAACGAAACGAAAAAAAAUGAAAAGAAAAAUCCUGGAAACGAUGAAAUAAUUGAAUUACAAGAUAUUAGGAUGAGUCCCCUCCCAUCUAUUCGUAAUCGAAAAAUUUCGCUUCAGUAUGCGUGUUCUGAUAUAGACUCAGCAAAUUUUCCUCCAAGUUUCCGAUAUACUAGAUCUGCUGCAUACAUGUCUAAUUAUAGGAUUGGUGGUCCAGGGUUCAAACUAAGAGGGAAUGCAGUCAAUAAACCAAGGUUUCUUCGUGCACUCAGAAAAGGAGCAAAUGUUUUGAGAGCAUCUAUGCCAAAAAUUAAGGACGUAAAUAUUAUUGACACAUAUUCUCGUAUAGUUUUCCCCAUUACUUUUUUAAUUUUCAAUAUUGCCUAUUGGUUAUUCUACAUGUUGGACUGACUAAUUUACUAAGAUGGGACUAAAAUGAAAAAAAAAACUAUCAUAGCUACCAAUUUGCUCUGUGGUGUUAUUUUCUUUGCUUAAUGUAAUUUAUAUUAGGUUUUUAAAAUAUCAGAUUGAUAUUGACGUGUAUUAGUCUUUGUGUUAAAAGUUGGCUAAACAGUGAUUUAGUAAGCGUUCAUUCGUAAAUAGAUGUUCCCAUAUAAGUGUAUAAAGUGUUAUCAGUUUGUUAAUACGGCAGUUAAAACCAUAUUUAAAAGUUUUAGCAGAAGGAGAAUUAUUAAAUUAAAAAAAAUUACUUGUUUUCUAAUUCUUGGUUGAACUAGAAGAUUAUACAGAGUGACUCGUUGUUCUAAAAUAGAUCUGAAUCAGAUUUUAUUGAUAUUUUCACACCAAUACUUUUACGAAAUAUGCGGACAGUGAUAAGCACUAUUUAA